AUAGCAACCGAAGGUGGGAGAACAUAAAUAAUUCAAACCACAGCCUGUCUCCCAUUACAUCAACACAUCAGCCGCACACAGUAGGCGCGUCUCGCCGUUCUAGAGUCUCAUCACAUCGUGGCGCGCGUGCGUUCCAAAGUGUCUGUAAACGGAGUUCUGCGCUAAAACAGGUCUCGGUAGCUGCCAUUUCGAGUGCCACAAUUGAAGCCGUCCGCAGUAAGUAGGUUUCGCUCCAUGCUUGAUUGUGCUGUGCGAUAAUAGUGCAUGUCCAUGCUUGUGGUCGACGCGUCGCGAUAAUGCACGGCGUUAGUGUCUCGCCGAUGGAGCUCGUGGUAGCAUCGGUGGCGAGUUUCGGUGCGUUCCUCGCGACGCUCUGUCUGGGCGUGUACGUUUUUGUGGUGCGUAAGUACUCUUUCUGGCGCACCCGCCAUGUGCCGUACGUGGAACCGGAGCUACCGUACGGGAACUUUAAGGAGAUGGGCAAAUCGAUCCAUCCGGCCCAUCUCAGUCAGCGGUUCUAUGAGCGGUACAAGCAUGCCGCUGAUCCUGGGUUUGUUGGACUGUACAUCUUCCUCAACCCGGUGCUGCUCGUUACGAACUUACGGUUGGCGAAGAGAAUUCUGAUCGAAGACUUCCAUCACUUCCCCGAUCGGGGUGUGUACUUCAACGAAAAGGAUGACCCGCUCUCGGCCCAUCUGUUUGCAAUCGAGGGUCAACGGUGGAAGGAUCUGAGGUCCAAGAUUACGCCCACUUUCACGAGUGGACGUAUGAAAGCGGCAUUCCCGCUGGUGCUCAGCAUAGCGGAGCAGUUCUGUGAGUUUCUGCGCGAGCAGCACACCACUGACGAUGUGGUUGAGGUACGCGAUCUUAUGGCCCGGUUCACUACGGACGUGAUCGGUUCGUACGCGUUUGGUUUGGAGUGUAACAGCUUCCGGGAUCCUCAGAACGAGUUCCGGCGCAUCGGCCGCAAACACUUCGAUACACCCCGCAAUCAUCCAUUGAAGGUGUUCAUCAUGAAGACGUUUCGGGGGCUCGCGAACCGACUCGGGCUGAAGCUGUUGCACGACGAUGUGUCCACCUUCUUUCAAACUGUCAUUCGCCAAACGAUUGAACACCGCGAACGGCACGGUACGCAGCGGAACGAUUUUCUUGACCUGCUGAUAAGGCUGAAGAACACGGGCAAGCUGGAGGGCGCGAACGAGAUAGUGGGCCGGCUUUCCGGAGACGAAAUAGCCGCACAAGCGUUCAUCUUCUUUACCGCCGGCUUCGAGACGUCAUCCAGUGCGAUGACCUAUACGCUGUACGAGCUGGCACUGAAUCACGAACUUCAACAACGGGCCAGGGAAAGCGUGCUGGAUGCGUUGGAAAAGCACGACGGAGUGUUGUCCUACGAAUCAUCCAAGAACAUGCUUUACUUGGAUCAGUGUAUCUAUGAAUCUCUUCGCAAGUACCCACCUGUAGCGAUAUUGGAGCGAGUGGUAUCCAAACCCUAUCGAAUCCCAGACACCGACAUAAACCUACACCGUGGGAUGAAGAUCAUGAUCCCGGCCUAUGCCAUCCAUCACGAUCCAGACAUCUAUCCCAACCCGUCCUCCUACGAUCCGGACCGGUUUACGCCGGACAAGAUCGCUAGACGUGAUCCUUGCGCCUAUCUACCAUUCGGCGAAGGCCCACGAAUAUGUAUCGGGCUUCGGUUCGGGAUGAUGCAGGCACGGAUCGGAUUGGCGCUACUGUUGAAGCACUUCCAAGUACUGCCCUGUAAGGAGACGGACGUGCCCUUGACCUACAUUCCGCAGGCAUUCGUACUGACGCCCGUUAAUGGCGUGCGGUUGCGGUUGGUUAAGUAUGAUCUGCAUGACAUCAAAACAAAGCAACCGUUGUGUGCGCGCCGCUGUACAAGCAACUGCCGGUGUGCGGUAGUGUGCCCAGCCAUUACGCGAGAAGAUCCAGUCUGGUGCGAGAUGCUGAUCUAUCUGCUGCUACUUGCCGUCACUGCGGCGGUUUGGUACGUACGCCGGAAGUACUCGUUCUGGGCGGAACGGGAUGUACCGUACAUCCAGCCCCGGUUCCCGUUCGGCAACAUCCAGGGAAUCGGACGGCGCAUGCAUUCUUCCCAGCUGAUGAUGAAGUUCUACAACGAGAUGAAGUCAUCCGGACGCGCGUUCGGUGGGAUCUACUUCUUUACCAACCCGGUCGCGCUGGCACUCGACCUGGACUUUGUGAAGAAUGUGCUGGUGCGUGAUUUCGCUCACUUUCACGACCGUGGUGUGUACUACAACGAGAAGGAUGAUCCGAUCUCGGGACAUCUGUUCAAUAUCGAAGGUUCGAAGUGGACCAACCUGCGGAAGAAGUUGAUCCCGACGUUCUCUUCCGGCAAGAUGAAGAUGAUGUGUCCAACAAUCGUGUCGGUUGGUGGACGAUUCCGCGAGUGCCUGGAGCGAUGUAUCGAGAGUGACGGUGUGGUAGAGAUGAAGGAACUGUUGGCCAGAUUCACGACGGAUGUGAUCGGGACGUGUGCGUUCGGCAUCGAUUGCAACAGUCUGAACGAUCCGAAUGCCGAGUUCUUGCGCAUGGGACGGAAAGUGUUUGAGGUUCCGCGAGGUCGUAUACUGAAGUUCUUCUUCAUGGCCACGUUCAAGGAUUUCUCGCGACGCAUCCACAUCAAGGGCACGAGUGAGGAUGUGUCGCAGUUCUUCUUCAAGGUUGUGCGGGAAACGAUCGAGUAUCGCGAGCAGCACAACAUCCAGCGGAACGACUUUAUGAAUCUGCUGAUGCAGCUGAAGAAUAGCGGACAGUUGGAUGAUUCGGGCGAGUCGGUUGGGAAGCUGAGCUUGAACGAGAUCGUUGCACAGGCGUUUGUGUUUUUCCUCGGUGGGUUUGAAACGUCCUCGACGACGAUGUCUUACUGCUUGCAUGAGCUGGCAUUGAACGGGGAGAUCCAGCAACGAGCCCGGCAGUGUGUGUUGGACGCGGUUAAGAAGCAUGGUGGACUGACGUACGAAGCGCUUAUGGACAUGCCGUACAUCGAUCAGUGUAUAAAUGAAUCUCUUCGGAAGUACCCACCGGGUGCGAAUCUCAUACGGCAGGUUAGCCAGGAUUAUCGCGUACCGGGGUCGGAUGUUACCUUCCCGAAGGGUAUGAACGUAAUGAUCCCGGUGUACGCCAUCCAUCACGAUCCGGACCACUAUCCCGACCCGGAACGGUACGAUCCGGACCGGUUUGGACCGGAAGCGAGUGAGUCCCGGAAGCCGUACAGCUUUAUCCCGUUCGGGGAAGGUCCAAGGAUUUGUAUAGCGGCUCGGUUCGGGAUGCUGGAGGCACGGGUUGGGCUGUCGGUGCUGUUGAUGAACUUUAGCUUCUCGAGAUGCGAGAAGACGAAUGUGCCAUUGGUUAUUUCUUCCCGCCAUGCUGUGCUGACGCCGGAAGGGGGAUUGUGGCUGAAGGUAGAGAAGCUGGAGUCGUAAAGGAUUUGCUGUAGAAUCUGAUUGAUAUGGGUAUGGUUAGUUUUAUCCAACAAGAAUUAGAUGAAUAAAUGAGAAUCUUUUUAAUCUCUUGA